AUGGAUGAGUACGCGCGUCAGUCCAGUGCUAUGCCGGCGCGGCCUGGAUCUCGCAAACGCGUCGCGCCGGUAAUCUCCGUACUCACCCUAUGCCUCUUUGUCAACCUGUCGAUGAGCCUCUAUCAACUCCCCUCAAAUCGAUUGAUUGAAAGACGCCUUUGCGUGGACUACUACCGUCAAAACGAUCCAUCGCGGAUACAGCCUGGUGGUAGCGUCGACGAGAAGCUAUGUAAGAUUCGCGAGAUAGAAAAAGACCUAGGUCGGAUUCAGGGCGUGAUGGAGACACUCUGGGUCGCCGGAGACUUCGUCAUGACUAUACCCCUCAGCUUUCUGGCCGAGAAAUGGGGCCGUCGGGUAAUCCUCAGACUCAAUCUCCUCUCGCGUUCUUUUAUGUUGCUAUGGGCUAUUAUGGUCGAAUCUUUCGAUAUCCUACUCCCAACCAAGGCCAUCGUGGUCGGCCCGAUGCUCUCUGUCCUUGGUGGAGAUUGCGUCUUCAACUCUCUUACCUACGGCCUUAUCUCGAAUUUAACGGACGACCAUGUUCAACGAGCCAUUUACUUCGGAUAUAUGAGCUCAGUGUCUUAUGUCGUGGCCUUACUUGGGCCUGCACUAGCUUCAUCUACCAUGACCUUAUCGCUAUGGCUACCGUUCUGGCUCGGUAUAUUCUUGCUCUCAUUGGCUAUCCCCACCAUACAAAUGUUACCUACACAUGGAGACACGGAUAAAGGAACCGAUGAUGAUGAUGAGAGCCAACAUGAGCCUCUCCUCUCAUCACCACGUAUCAAAGCCCAAUCCCAUCGAGAGCCACUACUCCAGUCUGUGAUGAACCGUCUUCAGACGAUCAAGACUAUAAUUGCUAGCCAUCCAAAGAACUUUAGCUUGUUGCUAUUCAGCUUCAUGCUCACAUCCCUCGCGAGCUCAGACACAAAGCUUCUCGUUCAGUAUAUAUCUGCACGUUACAAGUGGACAUUUGCUUCCGCUGGGUAUCUCUUAUCUGGCAAAGCAAUCGUCAACUUUACGUUACUUACCAUCGUAAUUCCAAAGAUUCUACGGUCGGUCCAUCAGAUCCGGCACGAAGACGCAUCAGAGGUAGCGGAUAAGUCAAAUAUCCGGAACGCUCUGUACUGCCUUGUUGCAUCCGUAUUUGGCGCAUUGGGGAUUGCCAUCGCGAGUGAGAUAUGGAUGCUAAUACCCUCCAUGUUUAUCUACGCUCUUGGUUCUGCCCUUCCUAUCUUUACUCUAUCACUUCUUAAAUCUCCUGUCAUAUCGCCGCCCCAUUCUUCUGACUCGUCCGAUCCCGAACCUCACAUCUUCUCUAUUGUCAUGUUGUUAAAGACUGUUGGUUCGCUUUUAGGGGCGCCUUUGAUGGCAGCGCUCUGGGUCCGCGGUCUUGGGAUCGGCGGCAUGGCUCUCGGUAUGCCGUUCUUCGUCAGCCAGGCAUGUUACGCUGUGGCCAUUUGGGUUUUCGUAAACAUAGAGGUAGACCGUGAUGUGCUGGCUGCUGCCGAGCGGAGGAGACGCAACCGGGACUAG